UCGACCAGCACUUUGAAGAGCGUGCGCGUCCUCCUCGUGGGACCGCGGCCAAGUUGGUACGACAAUCCCCCGAAUCCGCCCCUUCAGAGCAACGGGACUCGAGCCAAGUCACUCUGCCUCCUCCGCAUCGCAGCAGAGUCGGGCUGUUGUCGGCCCAACCCGUGCCUGAUGGACAUGUGUCCGUCAAUGUCCCCCCGCCCAUCUGUUGCCGGGCGGCCGACAGUUGGCAGUCCUUCUGACCGGGCUACUCGGCGACUCGUGAUUGGACAGUUGGAUGUGGGAGAAAACCGGGUCGUCGCCCACCGAACCGCCAAUCAGGCGGUGGAUGACUUUGGUGCCCUUUUGCUGCUGUUCACUCUGCCAACCAUCACAUGCCUCCAAGACACUGACUGUCCUCCACCCCUCGGCGGGAAGUUGGUGCAACUCCGCCAAAAGCAGGCCCGGCUGAUCCUGUCGUCCAUUUGA